AACAGACUAGCCAGCCAUAUUAUAGAGGUGGAAAUAAAGCUGCCCCAAUAUUAUAAAUGUCUUUGAAAUAAAUCCGUGCAUUUUUUUUUUAGCAUCUAACCAUUGCUCACCUUCCAGCCCUGAGUCCCCAGAUCACCCCCUCCCAGCCCCUAACCAAACUACAUCUCAGUCCUUGAAAAUGCACAGAGACGCCUGGCUACCUCGCCCAUCCUUCUGUUUCACUGGGCUCAGUCUGUUUUUCUCUCUGGUGCCAUCAGCAUCAAGCAUGGAGGUCACAGUUCCCAUGACCCUCAAUGUCCUCAAUGGCACCACUGUGCGCCUGGCCUGCACCUUUAACUCAUGCUACACAGUGAACAAUAAACAGUUCUCCCUGAAUUGGACAUAUCAAGAGUGCAGGAACUGCACUGAGGAGAUGUUUCUCCAAUUCCGGAUGAAAAUCAUUAACCUGAAACCAAACCGUUUUGGGGAUCGGGUGGAAUUCACAGGGAACCCCAGCAAGUAUGAUGUGUCCGUGACCCUGAAUAAUGUUCAGCUGGAGGAUGAGGGCACCUACAACUGCUAUGUCAUGAAUCCACCUGACCGCAAUCGUGGCUUAGGCAAAAUCUACCUACAGGUUCUAACACAAGUGCCCCCUGAACGUGACUCAACAGUGGCUGUGAUCGUGGGUGCCUCAGUGGGUGGUUUCUUGGCUGUUGUCAUCUUGGUACUGAUGGUGGUCAAAUGUGUGAGGAGGAAACAAGAGCAGAAACUGAGUGUGGAUGACCUGAAGACAGAAGAGGAAUGUAAGACAGAUGGGGAAGGCAAUCCAGAAGAUGGUACCAAAUAAGGGUGGAUGGUCAAAUGGCCUUCCUCCUCUCAUGCCUAUUUGUCUUCCUCUCAUAUCCCCCCUUUCCAGUGUAUUCCUUGCCUACCCCUCUCAGUAUGCUUCUUUUAAGCCAAGAUUCCAGCCCCCAACUCUGUGCCUCCUACUCGAAGCCCUUCCUACCCUCUUGCCCCAAGAGUGACUCAUCUCUCUUCCAUCAGAGACACCCACCAUUAAACCAACUGGGAACUCAAGUGUAGAAAAAUGAGGGGGCCUCGUAGAUACCACUGCCCAUAUAAAUGCCCAUCUUCUUCACAAGAUGAAGGUGAAAUGGGGCUCUAUGCUGGCCAUUCCUGCAUGAGAAAUAGGGAGCUCAUGGCAGGAUACUAAAAAUAGAGAAGUGUUGGGAGAGAGUGAUAGUGGAGGAAGAAACAAGUCCUCUCAGCCUGUCCAGAACUUGGUUUGAGUCUCUACUGCUGCAUUAUUAGCCUUAGAGAGAACCCUGUUUAAAGGGCCAUUUUGGUAUUGCUUGAACUACUGCUGCAGAUGACCCCUUGUGAUGGUUUUUGCAGAAUUCCUUGGAUUUCUUCUAAGAAAGAAUCACCCCAAAAUUCAUCAUGUUCUUAGCGGGGGUAAGAAUGAGUUCCCACAGUUUGGGGGUUUCUGGUGGACUAAUGUAUUUCCUAGAUAUUGAAGGCUGAGAGCAAACCCAAGAGAAGCAGGAGCUUUGGUCUCAGUAUUCUCUGUCUUGCCCCUGUUGUCCUCCACAGAUCAUUUGCAGAGUUCUUUCAUCUUAUUAUUAUAUGCCCGGGAGCCCCUUUGGUUUUUAGGGUGAACUUACCUGAUGAAAUGAGAGUCACUUGAGCCUGGGCAUGAGGGGAAGGAGGGUGUAGUUCUAGCUAGGUAUGCUGACUGGGGGUGGCUAUUUUGACACUGGUUGCCUAGCGACACAAAAACCCCCAAUUCGCAAACUUGGUUGGCGGGGGAGACACCUUUUACUAGCAGUCGCUGCUAAUCGCCUUCUCAGAUAAGAUGCUCCCCAUCCCUCCCUCCCUCCAGUCUAUGCCUUAGGAACCCGUGUGUGUGUGUGUGUGUGUGUGUGUGUAUGUAUGUGCGCAUGUUUGGGGGGGAGGAGGAAGAUAAAAGGAAAGAGAGAGACAGUCUGAGCUAAAGGAUGGAGUUUGAAUGUGAGAUGGAGAAGAAUGGGGAUAGCUUCUUUCCAAAGUCUAAUUUGGACAGAUUAUUUGCAGUUGCCCUCACUAGGUCUCUGGCUAGUUUAAGAUUUGUUGUCCAAGUCCAUAGAUUAAGUCUUCAUCCAGAAUUGAGGUGAUGAAGGAGGAAGUGCCUAGGAGGGGACUCCAAAUCUCCAUCAUUUAGCUUGGGGUAGAACUCAAUUCUGCCCACGUAUGAUGAUGGGUGUGACUAGGGGAGGGAAACCAGAGGGACUAACUGAGAGGAGACCUAAUUUUCACUGCCAAUUUACCAGCUGUCCUAAAUCUGAGAUGUAAGAGUUGCUUCAGUUUGUACUUUCCUUAGCUCCUUCAGGAAGAUAAACUCUGGAGACUCUUAGGACACUGAGUAUGAUCUUUAUCUUCUGAGGAUUCCACCACCCUCUUGUCUGGUUCAUCUGUGCCCAGGAAGAGUUGAGGAGGAUAACUGGUUCUCCAAACUGGAGGAGUAUUUUUUCUCUGGGUAACUGGGAGUGUAUGAAAUGCCCUCCAUGGGCUCUAAAUGAAGUGGGAAUUGAUUAUUGCCCUGCCUUUUCUUACUGUAGUUUCUCCAGAUAUUUUACAAAAAGAUCCUCCUGAUUAGCUCAAAAAAAUGUAUUUGAAGCAGAUAUUGGGAAAUGCCUUUAUCCUACAAUCUAGGCUAAAUUCACCUUCGACCAAGCCUAGUCCCUUGUCCCUUGCACCUCAGAGGGCAAAAUGUCAACAGUAGGAUAUGUAGGUAAAAGAAAAGGUAAAGGGAAGGGACUGAGAUAGUCUUCUGAGAGGACAUUCCCUGUCCCUGUUCGUCCGGCCUCUCAGAUUUCUCUGGCUCAAAAAGGACUGGCUAAGACAUUGUAAAACUCUGGGGAUGCACAAGAAGCCAUAACAGAAAAGUGAACUACCAGCUCAACUCUUUGUGGGACCAAGAUUAUAAUAAUUUAUUUUUGUGUGCAUCCAGUUCCAUCUCUGUAGAUAAAGUCUGAGCCAUUACUUCUGGGUCGGAGUUGGGAAGAGAUGGAAUAGUAAAAGAAGGUGAAAGAAUUGAGGAAGAGGAGAGGAGCUCCAGGGUUGGUAAGAGGAACAGGUAGAACUCUAGGCCAGGGAGAAAUGUUAUGUCUCCAGUUUUUCCAAGGCCCCAUCUAGUCCUUAACUGCCAAAUCAACACUGCCAAUGGGGCCAAGGUGGAGUGAAAUUAAGCAGGCUGGUUGUCUGAAUUAAGUUGGUAUUGGCUGUCUCAGAGCAGGGAAGGAAGAACAUGGGACUCUCUCCUGUUUUUAAUGGCAUCUAAGAAGGGUCACUCCUGCUUAUUUUUCUGAAUACAACUUCCCUCUACCCUCUUAUCUAAGUUUUCACCAUUUUGAUUCUGGACACUGUAUGCCUCCUUCAGGUUUUAAGAUUUCAAAAAAGAAGUUGAUUUUCACUUCUUUCAGCCUUUCAAAUAUUUUUCUCUCCAAGGACUAGAGAGGAUCUCUUCAAGAGCAACUUCAAUUAAAAAAACAAGCAUUGAUUAAGCAUCUGUCAUGUAUCUUUGGGCUACAUAAACAAAAAUGAAAUAGUCCCUGUCCUAUAGGGGGGUACAUUCUUCUUGGAGGGAGAGAAUAACAACUUUUGAAGGAAUUAGGAAGGCCUUGUGUAGAAGGAAGUAUCAGAGCUGUGUUUUGGGAAGAAAGAUUUGGAUUCAAGGAGGUAGAAAUGAGAAGGGAGGACAUUGGUGGAGUAGAGUGAGGAAAUCACCUUUGCAGAUACUUGGAGGCAGGAGAUGUAAUGUUAUAUAGAGAGAACAAGUUUGUAGGCCAAUUUAAUGGAACAAAAUGCAAAGGGGCAAAUGAUUGGAAUCAUAUUGUAUAAGGCUUGAAAUUUCUGUUUUAUCCUAGAAGCAACAGUAGGUUACUGGAAAAAUUUUAAUAGGAGAAGGACAUGGUCAUAUGUGUACUUUAAAAAAUCAAACCUGUGAGUUCAUUAAUAUAGGGAGUUUGCUUUGUUAAAGCAGAUUGACAUCUUCUCUGAAAUUUAAUCUUAGAGCUUGAACUGAGAGAUUAAAUGACAGGUAAUCAUUAUGUCUCUGAGGCAAGAUUUGAAUCCAGGUCUUCUUGACUAUGAGACUAAUCCUCUAUCCAUUAUAUCAUGCUAUUAAAAAAUCUAUACUUUGGGAAUCCUCGUUUGGCAUCUCCAUGUGUGGAAUAGAUUAGAGGAAGGGAGAGAAUAAAAGGAAAGCCAAUAAGAAGGCCAUUGCAAUAGUCCAGGAGAGAUAAGAUGAAGACCUCAUCUGGGAUGAAUAGGGACUUUGUGAGUGGAGAGAAAGGAAUGAUUCCAAGAGGUAUGGAGGUAGAAUUAACUAGACUUGAUCAAUAGAAUAUGGAGGUGAGGAGAGAGAGGGAAGAGUAAAGGGUCAUUCCAGAGUUGUGACCUGUGAGAUUGUAUUCACCAUUUAAUGGGGAGUUACAAAUUCACAGGAAUUAUGAGUCUUUUGGGUGGUAUGAUGACUGAACACAAAGUCAAUAUGAGUCCCACUAGUCCUGAUGCCCAGAAGCCCAGACUGAAAGGAUAGAGAAAUAAUAGAUUUCUGGGUUUAGGCCAAAAUUGUACCUCAUCUUAGGUGAUGGGGAUCAUAGCUCUAUGACUGGAAGAGACCUCACAAGCCAUUUACUUCCACUCUCUCAUUUUAAAGACAACAAAGAUGAAGUCUUAACGAGUUUAAAUGACUUGUGUAGAGCUACACAGGCAGUGUGAGGUGUGAAAUUUGAACCCAAGUCCUCUGACUUGGCACCCAGAAACACACUCAAGAGACAAAAAUCCUAGUUAGGCGCAUAGGUACUCAGUUCUCAAAGUCUGGAAAUAAAAGCUUUCCCACACAGCUGCUGCAGCCCUACCCCCUCAACUACUACUGGUGCCCGGAGGCUUAGGAUCUGUCCUUGGUGCCUAAAGGCUGGAGCCGGGGAUGAAUGUGAGAACAAGCUUAAGUUCCUGGAAGGCUGAGCUAAACCCAUGCUCUUCACCCAUACUGGAGAGAAAUUUCAACUAAAUGGCAAUGCAUAUUCAGGAAAUAGGCUUGUUCAGCUGUGAUCUCCUUCAUUUUUGGCAUCCUUAAGUGAUGAUUUUUAUGAGGUCAUCAUCCAGUUAAAACAGAAAUGUUGCUGGGUUUGUCCCAUAAUAAUUUCCCUUUAUUGGAGGUGAGGUGAGGAUGACUUGGUUCUAGGACCAGCAGUUACUAAAACUGAUAACAUUUUGAGAACUUAUUUGAAAGACCCUGUAAGUUUAUUUCAAGAGCUCCUGAGAGGAAAUCAGGAUUCCUGGGCCCUUUCCCCAGUUUUGAAUCUGUAGCAAAAGCUUAGGGACUCAUGCCCUUAGCUAUAGAAGAAAGAGGAUUAGACAUUGAGAGUGUUCAGGAGUACCCAUCUCCUCUAUGCAUUCAACCUUCUGCUGAACCUAAGAUUCUCCUUCCCUACAUUGUUCCUCCUUAGCUGCUUCUCUUUCAAGAGACCUAGCCUUCCCUGUGCUACUCUCCAUUGGGGCAGCUGAGUAAUUUUUUUCCUUGCCCUCAGAGUAGGCAAUCACUUUCAUUAAAUUCAUUCCUGGUAUACCCAGCCCUUUUUCUGAUGCUCUCCCAACUAUUGUACUAGGAUUCCCAUUCUUUUCUGCCCUGCUUUCCUCCUCAGUUCUCUUCCCAAUAUAGUCACUGUGAAAGGAAAUGGGUUGGUCAACCAUGGUAAUUAGAGUUUAUGAUAAAAGCACAAAAUUUUCAGGACUGAAAUGCCUUGGGUUGCCUUGGAUCCUAUCUUGUAAAUAACUCCUCACCUUCUCAUCCUGAGUGACUACUUACAUCAACAAUAGAAAAAAAAGAAGAUAAUAUUAUGUGCUAUCUAAGGAAGGAUGGGCUACUAGUUAUUUACAAGUAUAGGUAAAUCAAAUGGAUAAUGAAAGAUACUGGCCAGAUCCAGAGUGAUAAGUCUGGUCACAAGAAUGGCCUGGAUUAUUUGGAACAGGUAAUGAAUCAAGAGAUUUUUUUCCUUCCUAUCCAUGUCUUAAAGAAUAGAAAACUCAUGUCUUAAGUAUUUCCUAUCUCUUGCUGAUGUCUUCCUUUAAUUGCAACUUGUUGAUGCCUCUGUAUAUAGAUGUGCUCAUGUGCUCUAUACGCACACUUACUUCUAUGUGUAUGUACAUGUUAUCUAUAGCUAUAAAAACAUCUCUCUGCAUUUACCACAAGCUUGUUGUAUUUUGGGGGUUGUUUUCUCAUUGUUUUUGGGGGAGCUGAAUUCACCAAGACCAAAUCAUGGAAUGUUAUAUUGCUUUUUGUACCUUUGGAGGAAAAAAAAAUCUCACAAGACUAAAAUUUGCACUUAAUCAUUUGUGUGUGCGUUAUUCAGUAGGAGAGGGGGGAGGACAUAAUGAAGGGGAUGCAAAAAGAACUGAAAAUAGUUAUAUCACUGCCGCUAUAUGGAGCAGCAGUUUGGAGAAGAAUAUGUUUCUCUCAAAGAAUAUCACUGUUUGGAUAUGUCUGACAUAAUAAAUAGUUUGCCUCCACCCAAA